AUGACGUCGUUUGCUAAUAUGACGCAGUCGCUGGCGGCCAGUUUACCGGCCACAUCCACCUCGUCCUCGGGCGCUAACCACGGCGCCACCGAUCAAGAAGAUCCACUCGGCAUGUCUAACAUCAUAUGUAGCCUUCUUGAGAAUAUGAACAAACCUUCUACCAUGCAGGGUGGACCAUCCAACUCCAGUUCAUCUACUUUACCUUACGAUAUCUGGGCUCUACCAUCUUGCAGCUCUCUACCAAACCCCAUAGGGAGCUCCAGCCGUGACUAUGGAUCGACAUCUAAUAAUAACAAUAAUGCCAGUCAUUCCAAGGAAGACAACUCGAGCGGCUCGCCUGGGACAUCGUCGUCAGUUUCGAUCACCUGCUUCCGUUGCGAGGAACGGACUCCGACCAUGCGUUGCCUCGAAUGCAAUGAUCUAUUCUGUCACGAAUGCUGUCAUAAAGUGACAUCUGACUGCCAAUUACGUGAACAUACUCUGCUUCCAAUUCAUCAGAUUUCACCGAUCGGAGCGAGACCCAAUUCCGUUACGAAUGAUAAGGAAGUCAUGUAUUGCGAGCUGCAUUGUGAUCCAGUGAGAUAUUACUGCGAAGCUUGCAUUAUCUUUAUUUGCCAGGAAUGCACUUUAUGGGUGCACAAAGAUCAUUGCUACACUCCAAUAAAAGGUGCGUUAGAUAUGUGUCGUAUUGGUGUAUUUCGGGCCAUCGAAGACACAAAGACUGGAACAAAGGCAAUAAAAACAGCCAUCGAUCGUGCCGUCGCCAUGUCUAAAGCGUACGAAAAAGAGACAGCCGAAGCUAACAUGAAAAUCAGGAAGGCGAUGCGUUGUUUUGCCCAAGCAAUUGAAGAUCGUGAAAAAUAUCUGUUGGAUAAAGUAGAAAAGAUGCGACAGGCCAAAAUGAACGACCUAACUGAUCACAUGAAUACACUACGGGGUAUACUAGCAGGGCUAGCUCAUACUAACGAGACAUUAGUAAGGAGUAUGGAUUCAGAAGGAAUUGACUUGUUUAUGGCCAAAGAGAAAGGAAGAGCUCAAGUAGAUUAUUUCUCGUGCAUGUUCAAAAAUAUGUACGUUAAUGAAGAGCGCAUUAUGUUUAUACCACCUAAUUACGAUUUAGUAGAUCAGAUAAAAAGGCAAUGCGACCUGCAGUUGGCUCCGGUAAAUGCUCUACAUUCUUUGACAUCAUCAUCGACACUACAAUCUCGCCAAUCCUUGCUGCAGUCUCUACAGUCAGCUCAAACCUUUUCGCCUUUGACAUAUCAAAUGUCGAUAACCAACAGUCUCCGCUCAUUACCAGACUAUACUACUAGUCACACCAGAUCGACAAACUAUUACGACCAUAGUAUAUCUUCUAGUAUUUCGAUGGAGUCUAAUCCUGCGCGUGGUAUUGGUCAAGCUAUACCUGGAUAUUGGAUGUCAGUGUCCGUUAAGCCCACUAGGAGCCCAGUUCCUGGAGUACCGAUGUUUUCUUUCGGUAGAGAGGGUCAAGACGAAGGUCAAGUUUCCAGACCUUGGGGAUUGUGUGUCGAUAGAGAGGGAAAUAUCAUUGUGGCCGAUAGACGAAACAACCGUAUUCAGAUAUUUAAUAACCGCGGCGAAUUUAGAACUAUGUUUGGCUCUAAGGGAACAGGUCCCGGCGAGUUUGACCUUCCCGCCGGCAUCACAACUGACACCUACGGCCGCAUCAUCGUUAUCGAUAAAGAUAAUCACAGAGUGCAGAUAUUUACCUCUUCGGGUAAUUUUAUUCUAAAAUUCGGAUCGUUUGGAAAGGAAUGUGGACAGUUCCAAUACCCGUGGGACGUAGCAGUCAAUACUCUGGGUAACAUCGUGGUGACAGAUACGCGUAACCAUCGUAUUCAGCUAUUUACUAGCGACGGAACAUAUAUCACCAAGUUUGUAUUCGAAGGAGCCAAUCCUGCGAAACUGCUGAAAGGACCUACAACUCCUAGAGGAGUUUGUUUUACGACUUCCGGUAAUAUAAUAGUAUCGGACUUUGAAAAUCAUCGUUUACUCAUGGUGGAUCCGACGCUAUCCAAAGUCUUACAUUGCGUAGGACGCGAAGGGUCCGGCAUAGGUGAGCUGAAUCGUCCAUCCGGCAUCGUAACAGAUGACGAUGGUCGGAUAAUAGUGGCCGAUUCAAAGAAUCACCGCGUCCUCGUUUUUACUUCGGAGCUGCGUAUUCUUUGGGCCGUCGAUUUGAAGAGCCCCGGCUUGGACGACAAGGACCGUCCCAGCGACGUGGCUCUGACCCCCGAGGGCUACCUCGUAGUGUUGUUCGAGACGCUGCCCGACACCGCGCGCGACAUCUCCUCCCACGGCAAGCAAUACAUUAAGGUAUACUGA